AUGGCAGAGCAGUCCAGUACCUUGAAUGAAAUCCAGGCCUUGCAUUCGGACCUUCUUGCGCUGUCAAAUUCUCGCCUUUCGAACCUUGAAAGAUUGGCUAUUGAGCUCGAAGCUCAUAUUGCAGCUUUUCGCAAUCUCCUGGACCAGAAGAACCGGAAUGAACAAAGUAGGAAGAGUAUUGAAGCGGGAAAUGUCAAGCGAUAUGGGCAGAUAUAUCAGAUCAACGACGAUUUCAAGCAGGGAACCUUUCAGCUAGCGGACGAACUAAAUCUUGAUGAAGUUGAAGCAUCUCAAAUCUUCUUCGACGCACAAGACGAUGCCGAUGCGACAGGGCGCUCAAUAUUGUCCUGCUCCAUAAUUCGCUUUCAUCAGCGACGAAAGCUUUUGUUGGAUUGUUUGCGUCUCACGCUCCAGCAAAAUGCUGAAUUGGAGGGCAAUUCGGAGCAGGAGCAGGAACUUAAGCUUUAUCUGGGACAAAUCAUCACAGAAUCGAUCCGCAGUCAACCGACAACUACACCUGAAACUACGACAAGUAAUACACCAACUUUUAUUUCAAAAUGCAUUUCUGCCAUGGGUGAAAUCAGGCAGUGGCUCCAAAAAAUUUCCGACAAAGUUAGUAGUGCAUCUGUAUUGGGACAACCAUCGCAACCAGAUCUUUUGCAAAUCAUGGAGUAUCAGCGUCACAGUCUGAUCAAGCAACAUGAGUUACUAGGCGUUAUCGUACUCUAUCUAGUGAAAGCAAACCAUUCUGUUGUGGGAGAUUUUGAGCUACUCUUGGGGAUUUUGAAGAAAGCGGACAAAUAUGAUAAUCUUUUGGUGCAUCAUUUUCCAGCGUUGGCUGCUUGCAUUUGGCGCUUUGGUUCUCCAGAGGGUGGGUCAACGAUACAAGAUGCAAGAGCGCUGGAUAGGAAAGUUAACGUCAAAACCGACCAAAAUGCAUGGGUAUUGCCUUAUGCUCAUGCCGCAUUUCGAGCGUGGUGGUUAGCAGAGUAUAGCGGUUGGUAUGUGGAACACCAUGAUGGAUUACCACAUGGUAUUAACCUCGAAGAAGAGGCCAAGCAGCGUUCUCAGCAGUUUAACGAAGCUCUAAAAGAUGGUGCUUUCGAUUUCUUGUUGUCUCUUUCUGCUGAUGUUAAAGCCGCAAGUUGGUCAGAACCUUCACGCCAAGGCUUCCGGUUAUGGCUACAGAGAAAGGCUCCCCAGCUCUUGUCGGAUUCGGUCUCGUUCUCCGAUUUUUUCGAAGACCAAUUCAUGGAGCAGCUGCAGACAUUCAUCGAAAGUUUCAUAACAAAUUUACCGGACGUCUUAAGGAGGUUAAGGAUCGAUGAGGAUGAGCAACGUCAACUCAGUCAUGAGCAUGAGCACGAUCUAGAUCUGGAGCGAUUCAUAGUCAUCAUUGCUUAUGCCUUUGACGGCCGUCCAAAGGCUGCUUUGGACGGAUUUUGGGACGUUCCAGAUGGUGUAUUAGUCGGGUUCAUGUACUGGGCUUCUCGACGUGCCUCAACUCCACUGGUCUCGGCAUUUUGCGAAAUGCUCCAGGCAAUUUCAGGCGAUGAUGAUUGUGCCACUGCUGCACACGAAUUUUUGCUCGAUGAAAGUCCUCAAGCCGGGAAAAUGAAGCGGGCUCAUGCACUCACAUGGAAUCAAAUUUUCAAAGAGCUAACAUUUUUCACGAAUAAACUUCGCGACCAACCAGUACCACAAGCUCAGGCCUAUCGUCAUGGGAAGCCAAAUCAUGAUCAAGCAGAACUGGAGCCAGAAUCUUACAUUAUGCUCGAGUCUUAUCUCCGUCUCAUAUCUCAACUCUGUUCACAUAGUGCUAUUGCUAGACAAUUUUUGAUGCAGCAUCCCUCGUAUCAACUUACAGAUCUGCUUUUCCAACUUGCAGCUAGCUCGAUUCCAUCUCGAUUUAGAGCUUGUGCUUUCACGGCACUGCGGUCUUUGCUAAGUAAAAAGACAAAGCCAGCAGCCGAGUAUUUGUGGACAGCCCUCGAUAUAUGGAUUUCUGGGGGGUAUGCCCAUCAUGUCAGCACUCAAAGAAAUGCAGCCCCCCAAUCUUACGCACCUGACACAAUUCUCCGCAAGUUUGGUACGGGUUUCGAAGAACCCGAUGCGUUCAUAAUGCUACUCCAUGCUCUUGUAUUACCUUACGAGGAGGAUAGUGCUUUGCGAGAUGGCUUACCAUUUCCUGAACUCCUCGGAGCUUCUAGUCGUAUGCCCGGAAUAGAUCCGUACGUUGAUUUCGCCGUCGGCCAGAUUUUUGGUUCCAGAAUGAGUGAAAUAAUAGAUCCUAUACAGCUGAGAUUGCUGCAGUUGAGUUGUCUUACUUUCAUCACGACUUGUCUAGAAACUUUUAACGAAGAUCUCGUGAUAUUUGCAAAUCGCUCCAACAUCUCUGUCGACACUGCUAUCAGAACGUCUGAUCUACAAACUUAUGUCUUGUUGCAUCCAUUUUCCAGGGUAAUGGAAUGGAUGUACAACUCCAGCGUGAUGGAUGCGAUAUUUGCUGCAAUCCAUCAAGACGUUAACGAAGUUGCCAGUGCUGCUCCUGACUCACCAUCAAUUAUGUGUCUGCUGCAAGGAAUACGUGCAGUUACGCUGAUCAUGGAUUUGCAGCCAACUUAUCGAGAUAUCGUUCGACCUCUGAUCAAAGGUCAAGCAAGUCAUCGCCGCACUCCUGUCCCCAAUGCCGCGUACGCGUCUUUCGAGGAUGGAGUGCUCAAUCACUUGACUAUCAUUCCUGAUUUGGGCUUAUACUGUAGCUCGGGUAAUCCUGAAUUGGUGAUAGCGUCCUUAAGAUUACUGGAAAAGCUCUCCGCCUCGCCACGCCUCGCCCCUGCUCCUAAAGCAGGUAGCAGAAUGAUUGAUCGUAACAAAGCAAUUGCUGCAUUGGAGGAAAAUAAUGCAGCGGAAGCUAUCUCACGGUCACUGCUACAAGAGAUAGAGGCUAGUCUCGACGAAACGCAAGGCCAAACAUCCGAUUCAUAUAUCAUUAAAGUUCAAAUAUUGGACUUUCUUAUUGCUUGUCUCGAGGCUUGCCCAGGUCAGACUACAAUAGCGCACUUACUUCUUGGGUUUCAGUGCAGAGAUAACCAUAUAGAGGUUGAUGUGGAUUCUCUUUUCAGCCGUCGAAUUUCACUAUUCCAUUCAAUAUUGACGCUAGCUAACGACAUGUCUCUGGAGGGCGAUGGAAGUGUUUCAUCAUGGCUAGUCUCUUUGAGAUAUAAAUGCCUACGGCUGCUUAAGCAGCUAUGGCACUCACCCCUUUCAUCCAGUCUUGUCAUGAUAGAGAUGCGGUCUAAUAAUUCGUUUUUUGAAAUGUUCAUUAGACAAACUCUGAUUAGGCCGGGCCUGUUGUGGAAUGGCCGAGAUCUCGCAGAUCCGGAAUUCUUGGAUUCCACUUCCGCCUCCUGCCUCUCGGACUUUUUAAAACAACGCGCUAGUGUCUUGCAAUACACAUCUGCUGAGUUACGCCAGAUAGCACUAAGUCAUUUGCCUUCUUUAAAGGAGCGGAUGUUUAACACGUUACUUGGGUCAACAAUGGUAGAAGAGGGUCGGCAAAUUGAUAAUUGCUCCGUUUUCGAUCUUUUCGACUUCAUGGAUAUUCCUUUAGAUCAAUCAAUAGCCCUUGGCCCACUGCAUUGGUUCAAAGAUAUCGAUGUCAGCGUUUGUGAGGAAGUACACAACGAUUGCCCUCCAUUGUUCAACAUGAUAAAAUUCGAGGAGCUUCUAACUUUACGAAAGUCUGAGCUCGUGGCGACGAAGAGAUUUGAAAAUCCUCAAGACAUGACUGCGUUCAAUCACGAAGCCCAGAUCAUGUUUAACUACUACUUUAUCGACAACAAGUUGAAGGAACUCAAAGCAGCUCGACAUAAGGCGCUGCAGUCUUGGGUUCAGUUAUUACUUUUGAUGAUAGAGACCAUGGCUUACGAUGAGUCGACCAAAAUAGUUUUCGUAUUGCAGACUUUACAAAUAAUACUCCCUAGACUAGAAAACUGUCUGGAGAAUGCAGCUGAUGCGUUGGAGCUAGCUAAACUUACCAAGGCGCUCUUAUUUAGUUUGGAUCUAGAUUCAGAUACUUUCAAAGAAGGUGAUAUAGGACAAAAUCUAAGCGAUAAACUCUUUUAUGUUUUCGAAUUGUCGCUCAGAGCUAUCAAUACCGUCGGCGCUAACGGCCCCCUAAAAGAACUCUUUUAUAGCGUCAGCUAUCGCUAUCUUGCAGGAACGUCAGAGACUGAAGUUCCCGUUAGUCCUGAAACAGACAAUCACAACGGUCUCAACGGCGGCACUCGCCGUGCCGGCCAGGGCAAUCGAGGUCCUACUCCUAUUCCUGGAUUACGCAAACCGCAUAGUACACAGACAGUUAAAAUGGCAGGUGAUCGAUUAAUAGAUAUAGUCUGUGACGAUGCCUUAGUCGGAGAACAUAAUUGCAGAAUUGCGGCAUUGCUACUUCUUGGAGCUUUGGUGAGAAUGGCUAAACAGGAAGACUCCCCUUACAUCAUUGAGUCUCUCAAUCGUCUGAACUUCAUAAGCAUCCUCGUUCACUCCAUCGGGGAUUUGGCAAAUGCUUUACGAGAGUCGUCACGCGAAGAUGCAACUAUAAUUCUAUCCGACUUCUAUGCAAGACUGGCACUCCUUGUUCACAUAUCACAAAUUCGCUCCGGGGCUACCGCUGUACUAAAUGCGGGCCUCUUUCAUUCCAUUUUGGUUUCAGGGCUAUUUGCCCUCGAUACCGACCUCGAGAUCGAUUUUAAUGACUCAGAGGCUGUUAGCAGGCAUUAUAGCUUACUUGCAGCAAUCAUGAGAGUCAUUUGCUGUGCUCUCGUAACUCGUGGCCAAAAGAAUGAGCAGAGUUUGGAACAAGGGAGGAGAUUUCUCGUCGACAACAAAGCUGCUAUCCUAGCUGUACUUAAAAGAUCUGCCGGGCUUGGGAUUGGGAACGAUGUUGCAGAGCAGAGCAUCGUUGACAUAUCGGACUCAUUCAUGUUUCUCAUGACUAUAACUCACUUUGUCGAUGUAAGUGAUGAUUCCAUUGAUCCUAUUGCUUAUAAGAUUUCGACUUCUGACAAGAUUAUUAGUUCGAGGAGACAAUUAUUCAAAAACGACCCACUCUGA